UCCCCUAAACGAUUAAUCACAGAUAGAGGAAAGUCUUUUGACUGCAAGGAAUUCACAGAGUUUUGUGAGAAAUUUCACAUUCGACAUGUGAAAAACGCUAUUACAUCCCCUCGCAGUAAUGGUCAGGUUGAAAGAUUGAACAGGAAUGUAUUAGAAUCCUUAACUGCCAGUAUUGAAGGCAAACAUGAUGAAUGGGACAAAUAUCUCUUUCAAGUGCAAAGAGGUGUUAAUUCAACAGUCAACGCCACAACUGGAGUCACACCUAGCGAAUUGCUAUAUGGAUUUCGUCCAGAUAUGACAAAUGAAAUUCGAGUGGUGAAAAGAAAACCCCUUGAUUUGAAAGAACUACGACGAAACACUAAAAUAAAAUGCGAUUUAAAUGCACCUCGUAAUUGUUAUUUGAUUUUGCAAUUUUAUCUGUUAUAAUCCUUUUUUAUAUUCGAAGACACAAUAGCAAUGUUAUGGUCCAGUGUACCAUAUAUAUUGGCCUAGUGUGCAAUCAGGUGUGGUAGUCUUGUGAACUAUCUUGUUGGAAACGGUUCUGUAUACCACUGAGUAGCGCUACAAAUGUUGUAGGCCUGGUCUUGUGACCCAAAAGAUAGCCCUGUGAACUAUCUGAAGUUGCGUGGUCCUUUGAACCACCACAUGGUUUUGUAUACCACCAGUCGUUUCUGUAAAUGUUCUUGUGAACCACCAGAGGUAGUCUAGUGUAUUACCUGAAAUCGUUUUCUUGUGAACCAUUCGAUCCUUUGAACCGUCAUGUAGUCUUGUGCAUUAUCUGAAGUGGUGGACCCGUGUACCACUAGACGUUUCCAUGAAUCAUGAUGCAUUGCUGUAGCCUUGGAAACCAGGAAGCGGGGUCGCUUCCACGUCAGGAUGGCCGAAUGAUAAAUGUGUUUAAAAAAAACUGUUCAACGUUUCAAACAAUUUAUGAUUAUGAUUAUGUUUAUGAAAGAUAUGGGCUAACCGACAUGUUCUUGUAUUUUUAAGCUGUUCUAUUUAUUGAAUUAAUACUGCGAAGAAUGAGGUCAUUGUUUAUAAAAUGUAUUGUAUGAUUGUAUCGAUGUCCUGACGAGGACACACUUGAAUCUUGUCUGCGAAUGCUAUAUGUUGUGAUUUAAAUUUGUAUUGUUGUAAGAAAAAUGGUGUUUCGUGAUUAAAUAUUGUAUUUGACUUUAACAAAUCAGGAGUGGGAUUGUCCCCCCCUGUCCACAAAGGUGAAUUUUUGGCGAAAAGUUAGUUGGUCGCAAUAGUUAAAGUGCAAAAGAAAAUUAAAUUAAAAAAAAAAAUAAAAUAAAAUAUGCCCAGAGAAAGAAAUAAGAGAAAACGUACUCGCUCUACAAGUAGUAGCAGUACUUCAUCUGAUAGUUCGAAAUCUACUUCUAGUUCCAGUACUAAUUCGGAUUCUAGUUCGGCAAGUGAACAUGUGAACCGUGCGAACAGAAAAUUGCGGAAAGAAGUGCAGAAACUCAAAAUCAAAGUGCAAAGUCGGGCCGGUAUCAGGGUAAAAUUGACAGUGUAUCUGUGUUUACGGGCUAUUUUGACGCGAAACAAAAUGUACAGCAGUGGUUGCGAAAUGUGGAUGCUACGGGCGACAUGUUCGAUUGGGACGAUAAGGCUCGUAUUUUUUGUAUGACAAAUAAGUUACAAGGUAAUGCAAAAACAUGGUAUUGGAAUCAAGAAAACACCAACAUUUCCUGGAAAAAAUGGAAGGAAAAACUGAUUGAAUCUUUUCCUGUGCAGCAGUGUGUUUUCAGUAAACUUAAGGAGCUAGUGAAUAAUGAACGCGUACCCAGGCAAGAAUUAAUAGAUUUCUACUAUCAAAAGUUGAGUUUAGGCCAGUAUUGUAAAUUAGAGGACCGCAUCAUAGUGGACAUCAUUGUAAACACGAUUAAUGAUCCAUUUCUGCAGACAGGUAUCAGAGCUGCUUCUUGCGUAAGUACAAAACAUUUAUUACGAUUCCUCAUUCAAAAUGCCGAGCACCGUAGAUCGUCUAAUCGUAAAAUUAUUAUUCACAAUAACCCAAACAGUAAAUAUACCAAAACUCAGGCAUCGACAUCGAAAGAAACUAAACAAAUGAAUUGUUACUUGUGCGGUCGUGAAGGUCAUAAAAAGGCCGAGUGCGAUAAAAACACUUCUAAUAAAUCUUGCGCGUUUUGUAAACUAAAAGGACAUACAGAAACAAACCGUUUUAAAAAGAAACGAUUGAAUGACAAAAAUUAUAAUGCAACCCAACGUAAAAUUAAUAAACUAUUUUGCAGUGUAAAUCGUAUGGACGAAAAAUUUCACAAACAAGCAAAAAUUAACGGGACAAUUGUUUCCGCGUAUGUGGAUUUCGGUAGCAAUUGUAACAUCAUGACUAAGGGUGUAUUUGACAAACUAAAAAUGACUGCAAAUUGCAAUAAAGUGGACAUUGUCAUUAUCGGUUGCGGUGGUGCGACGGUUAAUCCCUUGUGCGUGGUAACAGCUGAUCUCGAAAUAGUCAACGUAAAUAUGAAAACUAACUUUUAUGUUGUUCCGGAUUCACUUCAAACGACCAAUGUAUUGAUAGGACAACCAAUAACUGAGAGUGAAAAUGUUUUUGUAUACAAGACCGUCGAUUAUUUAAAACUCACCGACCGAAAUGUUUUUCAAGAAUUAGACUUAUCGCGAUUCAUAGAAACAGAUAAAACUGUUAAAAUUCGCGUACCCCAAAACAUUAUGAUUAAACCAGGUAUUAAUCUAGUAACAGUAAAGGCUGAUGUACAAAGUGAAACGCUUCACACCAAUUAUUCCGAACAGCUUCGGGGUGGGUUUCCUGUUAUUGUACCAAAUAACAAAAUAAAUUUUCUAGGCGGAAAAGGAAUUAUACAUGUGCUGAAUUUGAGUACAGAAACUGUUAGUUUCAACGAAAAUGAUUGCAUAGCGCGCCAGAAAAAUAAUAUCGAAGUUACUCAACGUCAACCCCCCGAGAAUCCAAAUGUACGUCGUCUGAUCCAAAAGUAUAAGAACUGUUUAAAGGAAAAUUCCGAUUUAAUAUGUAAUCUCGACAUAGAAAUGCAAAUUGAAUUGGUGACAUCGGGGCCUAUUAAUUAUAAACCUUAUAGAUUGUCUUUAUUCGAACGCGAAAAAGUUAGGAACAUUGUUAACGAUCUUUUAGAGAAGGGAAUUAUUGAACCAACCGUAUCUCCCUACGCUAGCCCUAUACUACUAUUAAAAAAGAAAACAGGUGAUUUUCGGAUGGUUGUUGAUUAUCGCAAAUUGAAUGAAAUCACGGUAAUGGAUCGUUUCCCCUUACCAUUGAUUGAGGAUCAACUUGAGCGACUGAUGGAUAACAAAAUAUUUACGACGCUUGAUUUGAAAUCAAGCUACCAUCAAAUACCCGUAGCCAAAGACAGCCAAAAGUAUACGGCUUUUGUGACACCUGAGGGCCAUUACCACUACACCCGAGUUCCUUUUGGUUUGUGCAAUGCCCGGCUAUUUUCCAGAGAGCUCUAUAUGGCAUUAGGAAUGUUGAUUUACGAUUACGCACUAGUAUAUCUGGACGACAUUUUGAUAGUGGCCAAAACUGAAGAAGAAGGUACAGAACGACUGGAAGAGGUUCUGAAAGCAUUGAGCGAAUCAGGGCUCACACUAAAUUUAAACAAAUGCAAAUUUUUGAAAACUUCCGUUGAAUAUUUGGGUACCGAGAUCCGCAAUGGUUCUAUGACACCAUCCCCCAAGAAAUUACAAGCAGUACAAGAUUUCCAGCGACCUAAAAACAUACAUCAAGUUAGGCAAUUCUAUGGAUUAGCUUCAUACUAUAGGAAAUAUAUUCCCAAUUUUGCAUCUAAAGCAAAGCCGUUGUCAGAUUUGUUGAAGAAAAACUGUGCAUGGGUUUGGAACAAUGAACAAGAAAAAGCCUUUAACAUCCUGAAGCAAGAAAUCACACAGCCCCCUACUUUGGUAAUAUUUAAUCCAAGUUUUGAAACCCACUUGCACACUGACGCCAGCAAAAUUGGAUUUGGUGCAGUUUUAACGCAAAAACAAAAAGAUGAAAACUGGAGACCUGUUGCUUACAUGAGCCGACGAACAAGUGAUACUGAAAAUCGCUAUCAUAGUUUCGAACUAGAAACUUUAGCUGUUUACGAAGCCACUAAACAUUUCCGGAAUUAUCUCUAUGGAAGACAUUUCACCAUUGUUACUGAUUGCAAUGCGAUGCGUUUGACGUGGACGAAGCGCGAUUUAACGCCCAGAAUUGGCCGUUGCUGGUGGCUGGCAAUGCAGGAGUACGAUUUUACUGUCAUCCACAGACCUGGAAAUCAAAUGAGUCACGUAGAUGCCCUCAGUCGUAACCCUAUAGCAGUGAAUAAGGUCCAUACAAACGAUUGGGUAACUGGAGUACAAAUGCAAGAUGAAAACCUACGAAACCAAAUUGAAAACGGUGAAGCCGAAGACUGCUACAUAAUAGUAGACGACAAGAUCUGUAAACAAAGUGAUGGUGAACCGAAAGUUGUAAUUCCGCGAGAUGUUCGAUGGAGAAUAGUGAAGAUGUUCCACGACGACAAUGGUCAUCCAGGUUGGCAACGCACCCUUCGUGCUAUCAAAGACACUUAUUGGUUUAAUGAAAUGACCAGAUUCGUGAAGAAAUAUGUGAAAAAUUGUAUUUCGUGUAUGGUAUCUAAGAAACCAACGGGCCGUAGAUAUGGCAAGCUACAUCCAAUAGAAAAAAUAGAAGAGCCCUUUCACACGCUACAUGUUGAUCAUUUAGGCCCCUUUUGUAAAGCAGAAGCGGGAAAUGCUCAUAUAUUAACUCUUUUACAAAAUUUGUUUGGCUGGAGGCUGUUGCAGACACUAGUAGUAGAUGGGUUUGCCAGAAGUUGGAGCAGCUGAUAAAAUUGAUUCAUUCCCCUAAACGAUUAAUCACAGAUAGAGGAAAGUCUUUUGACUGCAAGGAAUUCACAGAGUUUUGUGAGAAAUUUCACAUUCGACAUGUGAAAAACGCUAUUACAUCCCCUCGCAGUAAUGGUCAGGUUGAAAGAUUGAACAGGAAUGUAUUAGAAUCCUUAACUGCCAGUAUUGAAGGCAAACAUGAUGAAUGGGACAAAUAUCUCUUUCAAGUGCAAAGAGGUGUUAAUUCAACAGUCAACGCCACAACUGGAGUCACACCUAGCGAAUUGCUAUAUGGAUUUCGUCCAGAUAUGACAAAUGAAAUUCGAGUGGUGAAAAGAAAACCCCUUGAUUUGAAAGAACUACGACGAAACACUAAAAUAAAAUGCGAUUUAAAUGCACCUCGUAAUUGUUAUUUGAUUUUGCAAUUUUAUCUGUUAUAAUCCUUUUUUAUAUUCGAAGACACAAUAGCAAUGUUAUGGUCCAGUGUACCAUAUAUAUUGGCCUAGUGUGCAAUCAGGUGUGGUAGUCUUGUGAACUAUCUUGUUGGAAACGGUUCUGUAUACCACUGAGUAGCGCUACAAAUGUUGUAGGCCUGGUCUUGUGACCCAAAAGAUAGCCCUGUGAACUAUCUGAAGUUGCGUGGUCCUUUGAACCACCACAUGGUUUUGUAUACCACCAGUCGUUUCUGUAAAUGUUCUUGUGAACCACCAGAGGUAGUCUAGUGUAUUACCUGAAAUCGUUUUCUUGUGAACCAUUCGAUCCUUUGAACCGUCAUGUAGUCUUGUGCAUUAUCUGAAGUGGUGGACCCGUGUACCACUAGACGUUUCCAUGAAUCAUGAUGCAUUGCUGUAGCCUUGGAAACCAGGAAGCGGGGUCGCUUCCACGUCAGGAUGGCCGAAUGAUAAAUGUGUUUAAAAAAAACUGUUCAACGUUUCAAACAAUUUAUGAUUAUGAUUAUGUUUAUGAAAGAUAUGGGCUAACCGACAUGUUCUUGUAUUUUUAAGCUGUUCUAUUUAUUAAAUUAAUACUGCGAAGAAUGAGGUCAUUGUUUAUAAAAUGUAUUGUAUGAUUGUAUCGAUGUCCUGACGAGGACACACUUGAAUUUUGUCUGCGAAUGCGAUAUGUUGUGAUUUAAAUUUGUAUUGCUGUAAGAAAAAUGGUGUUUCGUGUAUUUGACUUUAACGGUGUACUCCUAUAAUAGGGAAACAUUCUAAGGAAAUAACUUGUGGAGGAUGGAAUGCAGACAAAAUACUUAUUUUAGGAUCUGAAGAUAAAACGUUGUCAUUAAGUAAUGCCGAUGGAGAUACAUUAAAAAUAAUUUCGUUAAGAGCAGAACCUGCUAAUGUACAAUUUUCUGAAAUGAAAGUUGAUAAAAGAAUCGGUGGAGAGAACACAAUAAGUUUAAUAGUUGGUAAAAGAACACUUUAUUUGUAUAGUCUUUUUGACACAGAAAAUCCGAUAGAGUUAGAAUUUCAACAACAUUAUGGAAACAUUGUGAGCUAUAAGUGGUUCGGGGAUGGAUAUAUUUUGUUGGGGUUCGCUUUGGGUUACUUUAUAGCAAUUUCAACUCAUAUCAAAGAAGUUGGAAGAGAACUUUUUCAAGUUAAAAAUUAUAAAAAUUCCCUCAAUGAUAUUGCUUUGUGUAAAAGAAUGGGUAAAGUUGCAUCUUGUGGUGAUAAUAUUAUUAAAAUACAUGACCUUAAUAGUUUGCAAGAAACAUCCAGUCUUUUAACAUUGCCCCACGAAUCCGAAUUGGAUAAAAUAGUAUGGAGUGAUGAUGGAAAACUUCUUGCAGUCUCUACUAUAAAUGGUUCAGUAAACGUGUACGUCUUAAAUGUGCCAAUGUUAACUUCUGUAUUUGGUACUAAAAUUCUGGUUUUGUCGAAUUUAUCUGAAGUAAACUUGUACAAUUUUUGUGGAAAUAAGAAAAAACUGAUUCCGAUGCCUAUACCUUUAGAAACUGAACCAAGUAUUAUAGCCGUGGGACCAUACCAUUUCAUUACAGCGAUCAAUAAUAAAGCUUGGUUUUAUGAUCUAACAAAGCAACCUUGUUCAGACACCGUUCCUUUGCUUUUACGAACUAAAGAAUAUCUUUCUACUAUUACUAGCGUAAACAUUAAUUCAGAAUAUGCGUCUAUCCUGUUCGAUGGAAGAAUAGAAUUGCAUUUGAUAGAACAACUUGAAGUUGAAUAUAAAAACCGGGAAGCUAUAUCUCUUCCCGAUGCAAACUCCAUAUCAAAAAUAACUUGUCAAGUUUUAACUACCGACUUCUUAAUUUACGGGACUGAUAAUGGACAAAUAGUAUUUUUUCAUAUAGAAGAUUGGACUGUUCUGACCACAUAUACUCACUCAGUUGGAAUUUCACAAAUUUUUUCUGAUCCGACGGGCACAAAGAUUGUGAUUAUAGAUUUACAAUCGCUUGGAUAUUUUUAUAAUGCUGUAAAUGGAAACUUUAUGUCGAUACCAGAUUGGCCAUCUAAAACAUUAGGAGUUGUUUGGGACAGCAGUUUACUAGAUAAAAAUGUUUUCAUUAUUUUUGACGAAAACAGCAUCUUUCCGUAUAUUUUUCAGAGGUUCUCAAUUAACGGACCAACAAUACAAAAAAUUAAUGAAAAGUUCACACUCCUUUCAAAUCAGUUGCCUUUACUUAUGUAUUCUGGUGAUAUAGUACUAGCAGCGAAUAAUGGUCGCCUACUUACUUUACCAAUGAAUCCUUCCGAUGAAAGUAGUACGAAGCAAUUAGAAAGAAAGGAUUUGGAGCAUACUAUAAAUCGACACUUAAUCUUUGAAAGAUUUGCUGUUGCCUUUAACCUUUGUUACCUGCUACAGUCGGUAAAUAUGUGGGUAAAAUUAGCAGAGGAAGCACUAAAGCAUCUUGAAGUAAAUAUAGCAUUAUUAGCCUACAAGGAGUUGAGAAAUGUCGCGAUGGUGUAUUCUUUGGAACAAAUUACAAAUAUCGAAGAUACUAAUUUAUUAGCUGGAUACUGCUCUAUGUAUCUCAAAGAUUAUAGUAAGGCCCAAAAAUGGUUUCUAAACUCCCACUAUCCUCAAGCAUCUUUACAAAUGCAAAGAGAUUUACUUCAAUGGGAUCAUGCACUGGAACUUUCAAAAAAACUUGCACCUGAUCAACUCCCAUUUAUUUCAAGGGAGUAUGCUCACCAAUUAGAAUCCAUUGGCAAUUAUUCAGAAGCAUAUAUUCUCUAUGAUAAAGGGUUGACUGAGAACGUAAACGAAAACAUAGAACCACAACAUGUUUUUAUUUGCAAGUGUGGAACAGCUAGAACAACUAUAAGAUGUGGAAACUACAAACAGGGAAUCAUUAUUGCAAAUGAGGUGAAUAAUAGAGAACUUUUCAUCGAGUGUGCCAAUAUUUUGGCAUCAAUGAAACAAUACCAAGAGGCGGCUUUUUUUUACGAAAAGGCUCAGGUUUACGAUAAAGCAGCUUCAACUUAUAUUAAGAUAAAAAACUGGAAGAAAGUGGAAGAGCUUCUGCCCAAUAUUACAUCGAACAAAAUUUAUUCACAAUAUGCGAAAGCAAAGGAACUGGAAGGAAAAUAUAAGGACUCCUUGAAAGCGUAUUACAUGGCAAAUGAUUUUGAUUCCGUCAUUCGCUUAGAGUUGGAUUACUUGAAUAAUCCUACUGCAGCGGUUGAAUUAGCUGAGGAAACGAAAAGCGUGGAAGGGUUUAGAAUGGUUGCAAGGUUUUUUCAGAGAAUUAAUGACUAUUUUUCAACAAUCAAGUUUCUUGUUAUGGCUCGAGAUUUUGAAGAAGCGUUUGAACUAACAAAAAAACAAAAAAUGUUUACAUAUUAUGGUGAUGUAUUAUUAAACACAUUAUCAUUAGGAGGAGUUAGGCAUGAUGAUUUUCAUAAAUUGGCAUUGCACUUCGAACAUGAAAAGGAUUACCUAUUGGCGGGAAAAUAUUUUUUUCAUGCCAGGGACUACAACAAAGCUUUGGAUCAUUUACUGAGAGCUUCAAAAUCAACAAUGAACCAAAGUGCAGCAAUUUCUCUCGCUAUUGAAGCUGUAGCAUCAUCGAAUAAUCAGCAACUAGCAGCCCGGCUGAUCGAGUUUCUCUUAGGUGAAACGGACGGUAAUCCUAAAGAUCCUAAAUAUCUUUUCCAACUAUAUAUGGCACGUAAACAAUACAAAGACGCCACCAAAUCUGCGUUGAUUAUUGCUAACGAGGAGCAAAUAAACGGAAAUUACAAGAAUGCUCGAGAUAUUUUAUUCAAUAUGUACCAGGAGCUCAAAAUAAACGGAAUAAGUAUUCCACAAGAUAUGUACCAUACUUUAAUGCUUUUGCACAGCUACAUUUUAGUCCGAUUACAUAUCAGAAGGGGUAAUCAUUUGCUGUCGGCUCGACUUCUUCUUAGAGUGGCAGAAAACAUAUCAAAAUUUCCUACUCAUAUUGUUCCGAUAUUAACAUCUACCGUAAUCGAAUGUUAUCGAGCAGAUUUAAAACAUAGCGCUUAUAAGUACGCUACAAGUUUAAUACAAAACCAAAACUACAGAAAACAAAUAGACUCCAAGUAUCUUAACAAAAUCGAAAGCAUAAUAAGAAAGGCACCGAAAAACUCUACUAGUGCGAAUUUAAAUGAUGACUUGGUUGAAUCAGUUACUUCUUGUCCUUAUUGUGGUACACUGUUUCCAGAAAUGGAAACUUUUUGUAGCGGCUGUAAAAAGAACGUUCCUGUAUGCAUAGUCACGGGUCGUCAUAUUGUAAAAGACGAUAUUACAGUUUGUCCAGAGUGUUCUUUUCCAGCUAUACGAUCGGAAUUUUUAGAAAUAUUAAAUACCGAAGAAGAAAAACUAUGUCCAAUGUGUCAUUCAAGUGUUGAUCCAAGCAAAUUAGAAAAGACAUCUGAGUUGGCUAUGUAGUUCAAUAUGAAGGCAAUGAAAGUAAUUAGACCCUUAUUUUAAUUAACUGUGAAGAAUUACAAGACCUUGUGUUGUGCUUUGUGUAACAUGGUAGUAUAUAGUAUAUAGUAUGUAUAUGUUAAUAAAUGUUAUUAAGAAGAAA